CCCAAAUACCACAACCCCCCCCCCCCCAAAUAGACGGCCACCCUAUAUUAGAAGGCCACCCCCUGUAUAAGGCCAUGUUCGGACAAAAGUUCAAACGCCCUAUUAGAAGACCAUGGCCUUCUAAUAGGUUUGUCUACAUGAAUGAGUGAGAAAGAUAGACAAAAUAGUAAAAAAUCGAAAGAGUAAACGUCGUCUUGCUACAUAUUGUCCUCGACCAUACAUAAUGAUACUGACGUCAUUAUGUGGAAAUUUAUUUUCCUCUUUAAAUUUGAUAUAAAAAGGGGGAAAAGACACACGCUGUUGUUUUUUUUGACCCGAUAACUCAUUUCCAUAUUUACGAUAAAUCCGAUUUGCGUUGAAAUAAGACGGAGUUGCAUAUUGAUUAUUAUUUGUAUUUUCACUUAUUCUUUGUUGAAGAACGUUGGCCGGAUAGAAUUUGUUACAGUCAAUAUUUAGUUGAACUGCCAAGAAAAAUUCCUUUUUCAUAUUCUAUCGUUGUUAAAAAUGUUCCGACUCAAUGGAAUGCUGUUGUUUUUGGGGAAGAACUUAAACAAAGGUAUUCAACAAUUGUUAGAGCUGAAAGGCUUUUUAUCAAGGGAGGUUGACCAAUUUCUAAAGUCCGUGUGGAUUUUCAUCCAACAAAGAAUUAACUGAAAUACUUAAAAUGAAACGUAUAUUAUUGGAUGAUGACUAUACGUCGUACCAGAUUGAACCUUAUGUGCCACCAAUUCGUAUUUUACGUUGUUAUGUUUGUCAAGCAUAUGAUGAUCACAUAGCUGUUACUGUCCAAAUAAAGAAAAUCCCAUAUGUUUCAAAUGUGGACAGAACCAUAUUUACGAUCGAAAUUGUAAAAAUGAAAUACGAUGUGCACAUUGUCAAGGGGGACAUAUGGCAAGUAAUCCAACUUGUCCAGUAAAAAUUGAAAGACGUCAAGUAAAGAUUCAACAAAAUAAACCCUCCAACGAUAAUCAGUCUUCAGUACGACAACAGCAAGGUGUUUGGGUUAAUAUGCCCGGUCGAUUACUUUUUGGUGAUGCCCCAAGGACACCGUCGAUGGAUCAAAAUACAAAGUAUGGAAAGGAAGAAAGGGGUAUGAUUGAAAAAAUAAACGAUACAACAAUGGCAAUUAUGCAGAAUCAGAAAGAUCUUCAUGAACAAUUAAUGGUGUUGAAUGAAAAAAUGAAAAAUCAUGUGAACCUUAUUAAUGAUAUUCUAUGUCCAUUGAUUAGAGAAAUUUCGAAUAUCAUACAUGGUCAAGUCAAAGGUCAAAAUAAACAAAAGAUAACUCCGCUAUACAAUAAGCUAAUGAGCUAUAUGGGGAAAAUUAACAUUAGUCAAUUUAGUAAUGGAAAUGAGAAUGUAAAUGUUCAACGAUCAGAUGAUGAAAAUAUUAAUUCAUUAGCGACAUGA